AACGUUGUGCUACGAGCGGAAGCGGAAGGCAAAAAAAACAACAACUGACACUCAAAGCAGAGUGAAGUGAAGCAAGAGGAGGGAAAAGGCAGCAAAGAAAACAGUGAAAAUUAAAAAAUGUUAGCAUACUUAUACGAGUUUUGACUGCUCGAAACGUUAGUUAAUCAAUUGCAAGGCGAAUAACAAUCAAAUCAAUGCACAAAAUCUAACAAUCUAACCGAAAUGUGACCCAAUUCCGAACGUGAUUCAAAAGUAUUUGACAAGCAAAUAAAAAUCAGACAUAAAUGCAUUUGCAAUCAUGCGAAUAUUUUGCGACAUGCAAUAACAAUAAAGUUGUACAAUUUUCCUGACUGUUGUGCGUUGUACGCGAAUUGCUCAGCUUGUGCAUUUUUAGUCGCAUUUAAGUGCAUACUACAACAAUUACAGUGGAACAUAAAUAUGUAAGAUUUGUGUGUGCGAGUGUGUGCGUGCAAUACUUCAGCCCCCAAAAGUUUCCCUUGGCUGGCUGACGGGCUGCUCUUUUAACCAGCACAGCUGAUUGUCAACGGCGCUCCAAGCGAGAGCAGCGCAGCUUUCACCAAACAUGUUGGCUUGUUUGGUUUGAGCCACAGAGAGCGAGCACCACCACCAGCAGCACCACCACCCACAAAAGGGAGCCACUGGGUUCUGCCUGCUGGCUAACGUAACGAGUUUCGAGACACGCACACGCCACACGACAAAGUACACGUAAUAUAGCCAUAAUCAAAGGUAGCCGUAGCCAUCGCCGUAGCCGUAGCCGUAGCCCAGGUCAACAGCUCGGAGUGGCACGCACACACAAAUGUUGUGUGCGUGUGUGUCUGUGCAAAUCUUGGGUAAACAAAAAAUAUGAAGCUCUCGGACACAAUGGCGACACCGAUUGAGGAAAAACUCGAUCAAAAUUUGAAGGUGCGCUCGGGCAUGGUUCAUGUCAGCGAUGGCAAAAGUAGACCAGAACCUCUCAGACUAAGUCUAACAAUGGAAUUGUUGACCUUGCAAAAGUUGGAAAUUGUUACGCCAACAAGCUCACAGCACAAUGGACCCCCAAUGGAAUCCAAGGAGCGUAUGGUGCAAAUAACGAGGCAGAAACAGGGCGGCCUAGGACUGAGCAUAAAGGGUGGCGCCGAACAUAAAUUGCCCAUAUUAAUAUCGCGCAUCUACAAGGAUCAGGCGGCCGACAUAACCGGCCAACUGUUUGUCGGCGAUGCCAUUAUAAAGGUGAAUGGCGAAUAUAUAACUGCAUGCCCGCACGAUGAUGCGGUCAACAUACUGCGCAAUGCCGGCGACAUUGUGGUCCUCACAGUGAAGCACUAUCGCGCCGCCACACCGUUCCUGCAGAAGCAAUUAACAAAAGAUACACCCGAUUCCGACAACGAUGUCACAUGCGCCGAGCUAAAAGCAGACGAAGGCUACAAGUCCUCCGUGAACAGCGGCACCAUAAGCCGCAGCUGCAGCCGACCCAUGUCAAUUUGCUCCGAGCCCGAGAAGCGCUGGACCGACGUGGUGGCAGUACCGCUAAUGAUGGCCUAUGUGACGCGUUACAUCUACGGCACGGACAAGCUGCGUCCCAAUGCCUUCGAGGUGCGUGGCCUGAACGGCGUCACCACCGGGGUCAUACACUGUGAUGAGCUGGCGAUACUGAGUCAGUGGCUAAAGCUGAUAACCGACAACGUGGUGGGUCUAACCCAUCUGCAGAUGAAACUCUAUAAUCGAAAUUUUGCCGUUGGCGAGCGAAUCGAGUACAUGGGCUGGGUGAACGAGGGUGUUAUCAAUAACAACAUAUCGUGGCAAAGCUAUAAGCCCAGAUUUCUAGUGCUCAAAGGAACAGAAGUGAUGCUAUUCGAAACGCCUCCGCUGAAUGUGGCAGGCAUAAGCAAGGCUCUGGUGGUCUAUAAGGUUUACCAGACCAUGUUUCGCAUUGUUAAGGAAUCCGAGACCGUGGACAGUCGACAGCAUUGUUUCCUGCUGCAAAGUUCUGGACACGAGCCACGCUAUCUGAGCGUGGAGACCCGUCAGGAGCUGCUGCGCAUUGAGAACAGUUGGAACGCGGCCAUAGUGACCAGUGUUAUAAAAUUGGGGCGCAAGACCUUUGCCGUUUCACAUCACGGCAAAAGUGGCGGACUGACACUUGACUGGCAGGCGGGUUUCUCACUGACAGAGGGCGCCGAUUCCACCAUGGUCUGGCAGUAUAAAUUCUCACAGUUGCGCGGCUCCAGCGACGAUGGCAAAUCAAAGUUGAAGCUACAUUUUCAGGACAACGAGACGCGGGCCAUCGAAACAAAGGAAUUAGAGUGCCAGGUACUGCAAAGCUUGCUAUUUUGCAUGCAUGCGUUCCUCACCGCCAAGGUUGCUUCCGUGGAUCCGGCUUUCUUGAGUUCCAUACAGCAGACCUAAGCUUGGCUAGAUUGAUAUUGAUUGAUAUAUGCAGAAUCAAAACAUUUAUAAGCUAAGCAACUACAAGUUGUAUUUCAAAAAUACACAUCAAUUAUAUAAGUAUAUAAGCUAUUUAUCGUAAACAGGCUAUAAUUAUGCAGUGUGUAAGUAAACAAAUGUUUUGUAUGUAUUAUUGAAUUAGUUAAAAUUGACUAGCCUAAAUAUUGUUAGAUUUGAUAUACCGAAUAUACUUAUUAAUGUAAACAUUUGCAUACAUACACACACACACACACAUACAUGCAUAUAAAUCAUAACAAUUAUAAAACAAAUUAUAGAAUGAUAAAAUUAAUGUGAAAUCUCUUGGUGCAACACAUGUAAACUUAAGCGUGCUCUAGGCUUCUUUCCUAUAAUCAGUUAAAGUUGUCGAUAUAUACUGAACAAUUAUAAAUUACACUUAGAUACGUGUUUGAUUUAUCUAUCUUAGGCUUUAUGCAAUUAUUUUGUCAACUACAACAUUAUAAAUGAAUGAAAACGAUGUGCAUUAUAGUGAAAAUAUAAUUUUCAAUUUUAAUGAAAAUGCUAAUGUUACAACUAGUUAUUUAUUCAAUAAAUGUUGCGCUUCUUAUAUAUUAAAUCAUUAAUCUAUUAUUUUAUAAGCAUGCAUCUCAUUUGGGCGCAUAAACAAAAGUUCAAAUUUGAUUUUAAUCUAGACGCAUAAUUUUUAAAUAUGCAUACACUCACACACGCACUCACACACAGCCACCGAAAUUCGCAUUCGUAUUCAUACUAGAUUUUAAAUCAAGCCUCAAUUUAAGUAAUCCCAUUGUAAAUAUAUACUAAGUAUAUAUACACACAUAUACAUAUAGAUAUAUGCGAGUAAUUAUGGCUCAUAAACAUGUCGUGCGUCAAUUCAAAUGUGUCUUUCAAUUGAGCGAAUACACAUCCAUAACAUAAAGUAAACAAAACAAUGCAACAAACAUACAACUAGAGAAGGAUAACAAUAUUUGUUGCUCAUACUCAUUAAGCAUUUCCAGUGGAACAAAUGGUUGAUUUAUUGUACACAAAUCAGUUUUACUCAAACUAAGACAGUCGAAACAGCUUAAUAAUAUUAAAUAUAUGCUCAUAUAUAUAUAUAUAUAUAUAUGUAUUCGUAUUCGUGUGUGUGCUUGGAUUCCAAGUAAUCACAUGCCAGAAACUGUAAACGCAACUCAUCAACGCAAUCAUAUCAAUAAUAUCAAUUAUCAAUUAUCAAGCCCACGUACUCACUUGUAGAUGUGCACACAUAGAUACAGGUGCACACAAGACAAAGCUAAAUGUGACAGGAUAUUGCAAGUUUCCACGGAAACAACUCCAUAUAUAUACACUGAACCAUAAUUCAUCAGAAUACUUCGGCUUGCUGAAGAUCAUAUACCAGUGCAUCCUAUAUGUGUCCUUUGAGUCAUAGGCCGUGCAGGCGUAUGUCUUGCCCUGCAGCAUAUAUACCCUGUAUUUAUAGAUUAUAAAGGACUUAAUAUUGUGUUCCGUUCCGGCUCCGAGAAACUCGUAUUUUUACGGCUCAGGAAAUGAAUCAAAUAUAAAUAAAACCCUUGGGUAUUUCAUAGUCGAGCACUAGCUUACUUUUUUGUUAAUUAUGAUUCGUCCUUUGCUGUUUUACCAUUUGGCUUGAAGUUAUUAAAAAUGCGUCCGUUUAUUAGUUACACUUCCAUACUUGUGCAAUGGUAUUUUAGGCAAUAGUUGCAAACAUAUAUAUUCAUACAUUAUACACACAUUCAGCUAGGCAAAAAUACAAAAAAAAAAGAAGCUAUUUACGUAGACUGCAAAUAUACAAAUACAAAAACCAGCGAAAGGUCCUUGCAGAAGAAAAUUAAUGAAAAGGGCCACCACAUAGCAAAAUUUGUAUAAGCGCCAACUGAAUGAUCGAAUAUUAGAGACAGACUUCAUACAUAUUUACAAAAUAAUUGAAGUAAUUAAACUACUGUAUACCAAGUUACAAAACAAUAUAUAUUAUAUAUAUAUACAUAUGUAAAAGUACUAACUAAUAACAAACUGAGCACGUUCAGGCAUUUUUCGGGUAUUUAACAAUUCAUUUAAUUCGCAGUUUCGAUGCCUGACCCAAGGCUUAGAGGCUGAACAAGCUUCUGCAAUGUUUCUUCGUUCAGAACUCCAACCAAUUUCCCCCCUUUAAGGCACCUAAACAGACCAAAAUACGUAAAAUGCACCACAAAUAAUCAAUAUAAUAAAAAGCACAAAUGAAAUAAUUGUCCUGUCGCAAACUAUUUUUUAACAGCAUACGUAAACAAGCAAGAAAAUAGUUCACUUCGGAUUGCCGAAGAUUAAAUACCCUUGUUGAAGGCAGAUAUUUGAAUGCAAUGCAUUUUCUUCGUCUUUGAAUAUUCCUGGUAACUAUUGACUAUAGUAAUCCGUUCAGAUAUGCACAAACUGCAGAAACUGUCUGAAGGACUUGACUACGUCGACUCAGAUCGACAUAUUUCUAUAUUUAUUGAUUUGCUACAAAUAUGUCAUUCUCUGCAAGGGUAUUAAAGCAACCGCAACAAAUACCAAAAAAUAAUCUGUGCAUACCAAAUAAGGCGCUAGCAUCCCGACAUACGUAUCACACAUAAAAGUAUUGCUGGAAACGGCUAAAUGCAUAUUUUAUUGAGCUAAAACCUUUAUAUGGAAUAUCUAUGUACGAUUGCUUAGCCGUGCAGACACAUAUAUUGUUAUUUUUAAAUACUUAUAUAUAUAUAUAACGCACACAAAACCAGACAAAAGAACGCUGCUUACAAAUUCAGAUACAUUUACAUUCAUCCACAUACGUUCAGCUUUAAAUGUAAACAUUUAACUUUCAUCUAUAAAUUUCAGUUAAAUAAAAGUCAUAUGCCACCCAUUAACCAUUUACUUUAUGAUAGUGCGUAUGAUUGAUUUGCAAUUUUUAUAUUCCAAAUAUAUGAACUUAACAAAUGUACUCGUUUAAAUGAGAG